AUGGCAACACCGCCAGAGUCGCCGGUCGAGGAGCAUGCGUACGAGCUGGAGCCGAGCCGGACGCCGAAGCCCAUACCUGUCGCCCUCGAGGAGCUCUGCAGGCAGACCAAAUUCUCCAAACAGGAGAUCAGGGUCAUGUACAGAGGCUUCAAGACCGAAUGCCCAGAUGGCGUGGUCCACGAGGAGUCUUUCAAGGACAUCUACGCCAAGUUCUUCCCCCACGGAAAUUCUGCACUGUAUGCGCACUACGUGUUCAAAGCUUUCGACGUGAACUGCAGCGGGGCCAUCAGCUUCAGAGAGUUGCUGGUCACGCUGUCCACCCUGCUCCGGGGUUCCGUUUACGAGAGGCUGCGCUGGGCGUUCCGCUUGUACGACGUGGACGGCGACGGCGCCAUCACGCGGCAGGAGCUGGCCGAGGUGGUGGUGGCGGUCCACGAGCUGCUGGGCAGGCGAGCCCCACCGGGGUCCCCGGCGGCGAGGCUAGACGACGCGAAGGCCAACGAGCAGGUGGACAGGGUGUUCAGGAAGCUGGACCUGAACCAGGACGGCGUGAUCACAAUCGAGGAGUUCCUGGAGUCGUGCCUGAAGGAUGACGUCAUAACUCGCUCACUGCAGAUGAGAUCGGUGAAGCGUGUCGUGCUCCACGCGCCCUGCGUCUGCAGGGUGGACAAGUGGCGGGGCCUCGCCGCCGCCGCCCGCCUCUUCGCCCACGAGGGGGCGCGCUAUCUCGCCGCCUUCGACCGCUUCUACCGGCGCGCGCUGAUGCCGAGGAUCAAGAGCGUCAUGUUUUUCCAUUUC